GUGGUGGAUUGUAUACAGACGCACACGCGUUUUUAUCGCCUGUUCACGAUUCGGGAAAAAGGAAUAAAAGCUGUGGAAAUCAACACAGCAUAAUUUUCAUGCAUUUUUUGUGAGGUUUUUUUAGCAAUAGCAUUUUGGUAGAAGUGUACUUUACCCUAAGGAGACAGCAAAUAAAAAAUAAUCGAACUGCAGGUCGCUUUGUGGGUGGAUCAAAUAUCCUAACAAUAGGGCGCAAGGAUACGAUAAUUGGGGAUGUUCGGUAUUGGGAACUGUAUUGGGGCUGUAGUCCACAUGUCAUGUCCGGCGAACAAAACCGAAGGGAGAAAAUAAAACUUAUCGAAAGCAAUUUCAUAAUUUCGUCAUACUGUGAAGUUGAUCAACUGUAUCUGGUCUCACUGUUCACCAAUUUCCAUUUCGCAAUCCUCUAUUACCUUGGCAUUCCAUCAGCAAGUCGUUCAUUUUGACGGAUCAUCGAGACGGUUCUCGAUGGGUGUCCGCCUCACGAGUAAAUCAUGCGGAAUGACUUGCAGAAAGCAAAUAUCUAUGACAUUACUAUCUCGAAACUCGUCGCUCCUUCACUUCCCCUUCUCAUCUAAAACCGGGGAGGAAAAGGCUUGUAGGCGGUUUUGGAAUUCACAGCCGUUGCCUAGUAACGCGGAUUCGCGGCAUCACAAACACAGCACAAACCCCAGGCCACAUAGUGAGGGGGGACUUCCGUGGCAUGAUUCAUUUGCAGCAAUAAUGUGAGUCUCCAUGCAAUAAUCGGAAGCCAUCUAAUGGAAAUCGGCCCUGAAUCUCAUUCCAACGGACGUAACGGACAGUGUCUUAUCGGGAAAGACAAAUGGGUGUAUGGUUUCCCAUGCACCAAAGUAGAGAGAGAUGGUUGGUUUAUCAGCCUCUUGCAAAGCGGCGUGAUUGUGCGACACGCGGAAACCCUUCAAAAAAUUACAAUUGUCAAUGCUCCUACCAACCCCUCGCGUGAAAGCCAGCCAGCCACACGCAACAGAUAAAAUCAACCGUAUCAUUAUGUCAAUUACAAUGACCACUCUACAGUGGCCCGGGGGCUGAAGUUAAUCGCUCAUUACUUUACAAUGGAAUUUCUAAUAUUUUCUAGAAAUGGAAUAUAGGUUGUACUACUAUCACAUGCCGUCAUUAUUGUGUUACGGUAUACUUUCUCUCACGUUACACUUCCAAUGAUAAUUAACGCACUACUACGAAACCAAAAUCCAAUACAUGAUGAAUUGUUAACGAAGUGAGGAAAAACCAAGGUCGCCUUUAUCGCGUUCGGGAUAAUAAAAAAAGAAUACAAUUCGCGAAAGUAGGGAAAUUUUGCGUUUGUUUGGUGUGAUUGGGAAUCCAAUAAAAACCAAUCCAAAAAAAAGACAGAAUACUAUAAUGAUCGAAAGGUGUGCAAGAUUGUGUGCCGAAAGCGGUUUUGACAGAAUGGACGAAAUAAAGAGGAGAGAAUGAAGGAAAUAUUCAGUCUCUCUCCCGUGCACCGAUCGCAUCAUUCGCGUCUAGGCCGUCAGUCGAUGCCGGUUUCUUUUUUGUCUUCACGAAACGGCUGUCAAAAGCCAAGAAGCGACCCACAGCAGGUUCAGUUUUGCUUGCCCACCAACAUUGUCGGGUACACACGGUUUCAUAAUUAGUUUCCGAUCUUUUUGGGGCCAGCUCUGCUAUCUGGAAUAAACGAGGUGUACGAAACAGACGCUUGUCCAACGUUACGUCACCCGUGUGCGCGGUGUUUUGGAUAGUUUUUGGAACGUUCCGCGACUAGUGAGUGAGUGUAAAAAACGGAAGCUUCCGUUCUGCCGCACGCUCGACAUGAAUAGCAUCCUCAUAACCGGCUGCAACCGCGGUCUUGGGCUGGGAUUGGUCAAGGUGCUUGUUGGUUUACCGGCCCCACAACCGACCCACAUCAUAGCGACGUACCGCGACGCACAGAAAUCACAGGAUCUGCUAGAGCUUGCGAAGCAACACUCUAAUAUCGUUCCCAUGCAAUUUGAUGUGAAAAAUUUUGAACGCUACGAUCAAUUCGCAAAGGAUGUUGAUGCACUGUUGCAGGGAGCUGGCUUGAAUGUUCUGUUCAACAAUGCCGGAAUCUCACCCAAAUCGACUCGAUUGAAUUUUACCAAGCAGGACGAUCUGGUCGACACGUUCGUCACUAACACGGUAGCACCGAUCAUGAUGACGAAAGCUUUCGUGCCACUCUUGAAAAAGGCAUCCGAUAGCAACCCAACUGGACCGGUCGGUCCGCAACGUGCCUGCAUCGUGAACAUGAGCUCGAUUCUUGGCUCGAUCGAAGCCAACCGGGAGGGUGGACUGUACGGAUACCGGACAUCGAAGGCUGCCCUCAACGCUGCCACCAAAUCGAUGAGUCUUGAUUUAAAAGGGCACCAGAUUAUGGCGGUCGCAUUACAUCCCGGUUGGGUGCAAACGGAUAUGGGUGGCUCGAAGGCACCGCUUACGGUGGAGGAGAGCUGCAAAGCCAUGGUGAACACGGUGCUCGCACUGAACGAGUCGAAUAAUGGAGGAUUUUUGCAGUACGAUGGAACACCGCUGCCAUGGUAGUUCUUUGUUCAUUAUUUUUAUUAUUUUCUUUAUUAGCUGAAUUAUCUGUCAUGUAGUAAUUUACAGGGGCGAUCGCAUUUGUUUGAAAUAUACUCGGGGAAAUAUA